AUGAAACACACACAGGACCUAUCCAAAUCCGCCCCGCCAGAUUAUCCGGAGGAUAACUGUGAAUCCGGGCCAGCUAUGGUCGCUCAUUUACUUGGACAAGAUUGUGCCGAUUUGGACGAGGCGACCUCUAUGCUUCGAGCAGCCAGUCUACGGGAUUCAAUCAACCAAGCUCAUCAUCCGCGCCCCGAGCUUUCGGCCAGUUCUCCGACACCGUCACUGAACAUAGGACCAGCCAAGGACGAUAUGGUUGCUUUAGGGAGCGAGCUUACUGCACAUACUGAACCACAACAACAGCAACAACAACGGCCGUCUAGCAUCGGUUACUCCAGCCCCUUAGAGAAACGACGCGCCUUAGAUAAUGACAGUUCUACCUCCAGUGGCCGGCAGCGUGCACGUACCACCCCGACCACUUCAGCUGCUUUACGCGCAUAUCAAAACCAGCACAAACAACAGAAUCCUUCAGAACGAUCACAGCAGCCAGAUCCAUCGCACGAAGAAGGCGAGCGAAAAUGCCCUACGGUGUUCCGAUGGAAUGGUGGUGGACGAGAUAUCUACAUUAGUGGAACGUUCAAUAAUUGGGAGACGCGUAUCCCAAUGGUGAAACGGAGUUCCGGUGUCUAUGUGAUUAUUGACUGUACACCGGGGACGCACGAGUAUAAAUAUUUCAUCGACGGAGCUUGGUAUCAUGAUCCAACAAAGCCCACGGUGGACAAUAUUAUGGGUACGAAGAACAAUGUUGUUCAUGUCAAACCGUCUGAUUUUGAUGUGAUCCAAGCAUUGGAAUUGGAUCAGGCAAAUAGUAAACACCGUCCAAAUCAACUGGAUUCCGUGGAUCUGGAAUCCAUCGGCCAUUCUCCACCCGGUGAUUACGGUCGUUAUAUUCCGUCGCACCCAUCCGAACUUCAACGCCGCUCCAACGAGUAUCGCACCGUUGGACCAGUUGCUCCAGGUAUUGGGACAAUCAAUCAGCCUCCAUUGCUUCCUCCGCACUUGCUACAGGUAAGCAGGUCCCGAUUAUCAUCACACAAACCCAUGAACUAUCUUUUUGGGCUUACUGCUGAUCUCUCAAAUGCGAGGAACUGUCCUGUAACCUCCAUAGAUUAUGUUGGUUGA